AUGGAAAGCACUCAAUAAAAACCAAAAGUCAAGCAAUUCAAAGACGAUUUAAAAGAAAAGGAACUUAAAGCAUUCAAUGAGUUGAAAGCUAAAGUAGUUGAAUAAUGUAAAAAAAUGAAGUUGGAUGAAGACCAAGUUAAAUUUGAUAGAUACACUGAAGAUAAUUAAUGUGUAAGACUAUUAUGGGCACGUGAGUUCAAAGUAGAAAAAGCAUUUGAAAUGUGGAAGAAAUGGGUUGAUUGGAGAAUAGAUUUCAAGGCUGAUGAAAUAAAGGAAGAAGAUGUGGCUUCAGAAUUAUAGAGUGGUAAAGCUUUCUGGCAUGGAAUGGAUAAGUAGGGUAAUCCAUGUUUGGUGGUUAAGGUCAAAUAUCAUCGUCCAGGAGUUUCUUCUCAAGAUGUAGUUUUGAGAUAUUUUUUAUAUUUACUUGAAGAGGGAAUUAGUAAAUGUGAAUAAGCAGGAACUGGUAAAGUCUCAGUUAUUUGGGACAGGGAAGGUUUUGAUAAAAAGAAUUUUGAUUCUAACUUGUUUAGCACCUUUAAGAAAUUGAAUCAAAUUAUGCAAGAUAACUAUGCUGAAAGACUCUCAACAAUUUAUAUACUUCACCCUAAUUGGUUUUUUAAGACUAUUUAUGCAGUUGUUAAGCCCUUUUUAACAAGCAGAACAAAAAGCAAAAUUACUAUUGUUGACAAAACUGAAGAAUUAAAAAAGUUUUUCGAACCAAGCGAGCUCUUGAUUGAACAUGGCGGAACAUCUGAUUAUAAAUUUGUCUACCCUUUCCCAAAACCAAUUAGUGAUGAAAAAGCUUAAGAGCAAAAUGCAAAUUAAUAAUAACAGAAUAAUUUGAUAGUAAAGUAAGUCGAAAAACAAGAGUAAGAGGAGAAGCCUUUAAAACCUGAAAAUGUAAAUAUAGAAUGUGAUGAGGAUCUUACUGAAGAAGAUUAUCGUAAAGUCGAAGAUGAAAUUUCAGAAAACACUAAUUAAACUUCUUCAGAAUAUGACAUAAGCUAAUUAUCACACAAUAUGUUUAACAAAGUCUUAACAAUGAAAUCAAAGUGA